AUGGUGGUGGCUGCAGGUGGAGACGGGAGGGUGGUGCCUUGCAAGCCGAUGGUGGUGGCUGCAGGUGGAGACGGGAGGGUGGUGCCUUGCAAGCCGAUGGUGGUGGCUGCAGGUGGAGACGGGAGGGUGGUGCCUUGCAAGCCGAUGGUGGUGGCUGCAGGAAGAGACAGGAGGGUGGAGCUUUGCAAGCCGAUGGUAGUGGCUGCAGGUGGAGACAGGAAGGUGGUGUGUUGCAAGCCGAUGGUGGUGACUGCAGGUGGAGACAGGUGGGUGGUGCCUUGCAAGCCGAUGGUGGUGGCUGCAGAGGGAGACAGGAGGGUGGUGCGUUGCAAGCCGAUGGUGGUGGCUGCAGGUGGAGACGGGAGGGUGGUGCUUUGCAAGCCGAUGGUGGUGGCUGCAGGAAGAGACAGGAGGGUGGUGCGUUGCAAGCCGAUGGUGGUGGCUGCAGGUGGAGACAGGAGAGUGGGGCUUUGGAAGCUGAUGUUGGUGGCAGCAGGAGGAGACAGGUGGGUGGUGCCUUGCAAGCCGAUGGUGGUGGGUGCAGAGGGAGACAGAAGGGUGGUGCUUUGCAAGCCGAUGGUGGUGGCUGCAGGUGGACGAGGGAGGGUGGUGCUUUGCAAGCCGAUGGUGGUGGCUGCAGGUGGAGACAGGUGGGUGGUGCUUUGCAAGCCGAUGGUGGUGGCUGCAGGUGGAGACGGGAAGGUGGUGCCUCGAAAGCCGAUGGUGGUGGCUGCAGGUGGAGACGGGAGAGUGGUGCUUUGCAAGCCAAUGUUGGUGGCUGCAGGUGGAGACAGGUGGUUGGGGCUUUGUAAGCCGAUGGUGGUGGCUGCAGGUGGAGAUGGGAGGGUGGUGCUUUGCAAGCCGAUGGUGGUGGCUGCAGGUGGAGACAGGUGGGUGGUGCAUUGCAAGCCGAUGAUGGUGGCUGCAGGUGGAGACGGGAGGGUGGUGCUUUGCAAGCCGAUGGUGGUGGCUGCAGGUGGAGACAGGAGAGUGGUGCAUUGCAAGCCGAUGUUGGUGGCUGCAGGUGGAGACAGGUGGUUGGGGCUUUGUAAGCCGAUGGUGGUGGCUGCAGGUGGAGACACGUGGGUGGCGCGUUGCAAGACAAUGGUUGUGGCUGCAGGUGGAGACAGGUGGGUGGCGCUUUGCAAGCCGAUGGUGGUGGCUGCAGGUGGAGACAGGUGGGUGGUGCUUUGCAAGCCGAUGGUGGUGGCUGCAGGUGGAGACGGGACGGUGGUGCGUUGCAAGCCGAUGGUGGUGGCUGCAGGUGGAGACGUGAAGGUGGUGGAGACGUGA